AUGUCGGUGAGAGUUCUGAAUCCGAAUGCGGAAGUACUCAACAAAUCGGCUGCUCUUCACAUGAACAUUAAUGCGGCCAAGGGUUUGCAAGACGUUCUUAAGAGCAACCUCGGACCCAAAGGCACCAUCAAGAUGCUUGUUGGUGGAGCUGGUGAUAUUAAACUCACUAAGGAUGGCAACACUCUGUUGAAAGAGAUGCAAAUUCAAAACCCAACUGCAAUUAUGAUUGCAAGGACUGCUGUUGCUCAAGAUGAUAUAAGUGGGGAUGGUACCACUUCAAUCGUUUUCUUUAUUGGCGAGCUCAUGAAACAAUCAGAAUGCUAUAUUGAUGAAGGGAUGCAUCCACGAGUUUUAGUUGAUGGUUUUGAAAUUGCCAAAAGAGAAACGCUCCAAUUCCUCGAGAAGUUUAAGACUCCUGUUGUGAUGGGUGAUGAACCUGACAAAGAAAAACUUAAAAUGGUAGCAAGAACAACAUUAAGAACAAAGUUGUAUGAAGCAUUGGCUGAUCAGUUGACUGACAUAGUUAUAAAUGCGGUUCUCUGUAUUCGCAAGCCUGAAGAAGCAAUUGAUUUGUUCAUGGUUGAGAUUAUGCACAUGCGCCACAAGUUCAAUUUUGAUACGCGCCUGCUGACAGUCAACCCUUCUCUGCAAUUUGCUUGCCGCGUAGCUGAUAUAGGAAAAGCCUAUCUGCCCAAUCUUGUGUUAGAUUUGUUGUUGCGUGUUGAGGGUCUCGUCCUUGAUCAUGGUUCAAGACAUCCGGAUAUGAAGCGACAGGCAGAGAACUGUUACAUCUUGACUUGCAGUGUAUCACUGGAGUAUGAGAAAAGUGAAAUAAAUGCAGGCUUUUUCUACUCAAAUGCAGAGCAGAGAGAGGCAAUGGUUGCGGCAGAAAGGCAAUCAGUUGAUGAGAGUUAUUUGUUAUCAUUGUUAUAUGUGUGGUUGUCUGCAGAGCAAAGAGGAGAAAUAUGGAAAGAUUGGUUUUUGGCUUGUGGUGGAGAGGCUGUUAAUUCUGUUGAUGACUUAACUCCUGACUGCCUUGGUUGGGCUGGACUUGUCAACGAACAUGUUCUUGGAGAGAAGUAUACAUUUGUUGAAAACGUGAAGAAUCCUCACUCUUGCACAAUCCUAAUAAAAGGACCUAAUGACCACAGAAUUGCCCAAAUCAAUGAUGCUGUUCCCAGUUCAAAAAAAAAUAAAAAAUGAUGCUGUUCGUGAUGACAUUAGAGCCGUCAAAAAUACCAUUGAGGAUGAAAUUCAUCGUUCAAGGUAUCGGCCAAUACGACUCGGCCACUUUCGAUAUGAUAACAGUACGUGAAACAUAGAAAUCACGAAUUGAACUAGUUGCGGCGAUAUCUCGUACGUCUCGGCCGAAAUCAGUGGAUUCAAUGAUAGUUUGGUUUAACUCGGGCAAUUUAUAUCGGAAUUUUUUUGAGUCGAAGAAGCCUGUGAAAAAUUUUUGCAAAUCUAAGAUAAAGAACAAAAAUCUAAGACUCAUGUAAAAGCUUAAAAUCACUCAAUUAUUCCAGAAAAUUGAACAAAAAGAAAAAACAAGAGGACGAGAAAUAAAAUAGGAAUUGAAGUCCCACUACUAGGUGAAAUCUAUAUGAAAAUUAACCCUAUAUGACAUAAGUCAUAUGAACAUAAUGUAAACUCGUCUUUUCAACUAUAAAAACCAAGAAGACUAAAGAUUUGACAUACCUGUAGAUCAAACUACAUAGACUCUGUAUUUUUUUCAUCUGUUUUUCUGUGACGAUAUUUUUCGGUUGUUUGCGGUGACGAUCUUCUUCGAUUUUUCUUUUAUUGUCAGUGGUUGUACACGUGAGUGAAUUUUUCCCUUUGUCGGUGUUGGUUCUCUCUCUUGGUGAGGGAGUGGUGGUUGUCUCUGUCUGCACCUCUCUCUCUGAUCGUGACUAAGAAGAUGAAGUUUUCGUUUGAAGACCGAAGGUAAGUACUAAGUAGGUGAAAAAAAAAAAUCACUUUAAAAAUUGUGUUGCCUUUUUUUUUUGACCGAGUGUUUAAAUAUUUAUAUUUGU